CAUCAGAGGGCCCCGGACUCAGCAUCGCGUCAGGCUCCGCCCACAUCAGAGGGCCCUGACUCACCAUCGCGGAAGCGAUCACCGCGGUCGAGGUGCAACAACGGCGGCGGCAGCGGCCUUCGCUUAAAACGUUACUGACAACGACGACGAUUAUCAUAACGAGAACCGACGACGACGACGACGAGGUGACAUUAACAGACGCAUUUAACAUCGACGACGACGACCCGCUCGCGUGUUCACGUGCGAUACGAUGGCGGCGAACGCGGGCGGCGGAGUAAAAGAUGGCGAGGCGGAGGAGGUGCGCAGCCGUCGGCCCGACAACACCGCCUUCAAGCAGCAGCGCCUGCCCGCCUGGCAGCCCAUCCUCACCGCCGGCACGGUGCUGCCCGCCUUCUUCAUCAUCGCCGUCAUCUUCAUCCCGCUCGGCAUUGGCCUCCUCAUCACGUCCAACAACAUCCUCGAGCACGAGGUCGACUAUACAGACAGCAACGACUGUGCACAUUGUGCCGAAGUGCGCACGUAUUGGAAUAACAGCUUCCAAAGCUGCAGUUGCUCCAUCGCCUUCAACUUAACCGAGCAUUUUAAGGGUCCAGUGUACAUGUACUACGGGCUGUCCAACUUCUACCAAAACCAUCGACGCUACGUCAAGUCCCGAGAUGACAACCAGCUGUAUGGUGUCAAGGCCUCCUUAUUGAAUCCAAGCAGCGAGUGUGCUCCUUAUGAAAAGAAUGGCACCAUUCCGAUUGCACCUUGCGGAGCUAUUGCAAACAGCAUGUUCAACGAUACACUAACGUUGUACAUGGCAAACGCUACCGACAAUGUUCCGGUGCCGAUGAUAAAGACUGGAAUUGCCUGGUGGACGGACAAGAACGUAAAAUUUCAGAACCCGGAGCCAAAAAACAAUCUCACCAGUGCUUUUGCAGGCACUACCAAGCCGCUGUACUGGAAUAAAUCUGUUUAUGAACUCGAUGAACUGGACAGCAACAACAAUGGCUUCAUGAACGAGGACUUCAUCGUGUGGAUGAGAACAGCUGCCCUGCCCACGUUCCGCAAGCUCUACCGUCGCGUCAACAUGACAGACAACGGGCUGCCCGCUGGCUCAUACCUCCUCAAAGUGGACUACAACUUUCCGGUGAAGAGCUUUGGAGGCAGAAAGCGUAUGAUCCUCAGCACCACCUCAUGGAUGGGCGGAAAGAACCCUUUCCUAGGCAUCGCCUACAUCACCGUGGGCACCAUUUGCUUCGUCCUGGGCAUCGUGCUCUUCAUCAUCCACCAGAAGUACAGCAAGCGCCCAAACGAUUCCACAGACCCCAACACCAACUGAGCCUUUUUGCACCUGGUGUGGCCUCUUUAUUCUAGCCCAAACCUAGAGUAUUUGUUAAAUUUGGUUGUUUUUCAGCAUAAGGUUACCCAUCUCAAGAUUAGUGUGUAAGGGGAGGGCCAGUGGAAACCUAUAGACACAGCCAAUAUCAAUUAGAAAAUGUCACAUUGGCUCGAGGAAUUGUAUGGAAUAUGGUACAAACUAAGGUACAUCUAAUGACAUUUCUUUGAGGAAAACUGAAACUAGUUGGUGACUGGGUCUAGGCACGAGGGUAAUCAUUCCAUAAUUUUAAAAAGGUAUAAACUAUGUUUUCCAUAUAUUGUAUAUUGGUUUUAUUUUAGCUAAAGUUAGAUGAUCUUUUGCUCGGUCUCAUUGUUCUAUUAACCUUGAUAGACAUGUAAAAAUAAUUUAUGAACCUCGGCACUGGGAAAUUGUUAAAGACUAUCAUUGUUUUGCAAUGAAUGUAGCAGGUGACACGAGUGAACGAUAUGAAAAGGCAUUUUAAAAUUGCAUGCUAAAUGAAAAAAACCCAUGAUGUGAAUCUUCUGCUUUGGUUGGUGUUCAGAAGCAUGUGUAUAACUCCUUCAUAGCAAUGCUCACUUGAGUGUUAGACUGUUCAGACUCCAUUAAGGCCACGCAAAUGAGCAAAAAUUGGCAUAUGCUGAGUGUCAACAUGCCCAAAAGUUUCAUCACAAAAUCAAAAAUAUGCUGGGUUUUGCAGUACGGCCUUGCACUCUGUAAAAUCGUGGCCCAAAUACGGAGCCAUCCUUGCUGUCAUGAAAAAUUAUUGCACUGGCAAGUGUGGGGGGCAACAGUAAGGCAUGAACUGCAAAUGUUUUGAGAGCUUUAAAAGCUGAAAUACAAACCAUGCCAGAGGAGACGCUGGGGAGGCAUAAUCUACAAGCAUGCACACAUGCUGAUAUUCACAGCAGUGGAAAGUUGGUUAUGCAAUGCUAUAGACUUGUAAUUGGGUGUUGGAAUAAACGUUUGCCAUGCAUUAAUUUUGCACCAUAAGGUUAUUGUACAGGUUGGAUUAUUGUAGUGCCGUUUAUCUUUUAAGCUUUUGCAUACCGUAUCUUUUAAUUGCGUCACAAUGGGGAACGAUUUUUUUCAGUUUAGAAGAUGUUAAUUUUGCUCCUCUGAUGGAAUUGGUAGUUACAUUGGUUAUUUGGAAAACAUUAGACCAAAUUUCUAAAGCAUGAAGUAUUUAGCAAAAGAUACUGGAAGGUUUGGAUGAAAACUACCCUAAACAAUUACAAUCUCCUAGUGUGUUUAGCACCAACUUCUAUAACUUUAGCGUCUACACUGAAUUUUGAGAUGUAAAUGUUAAAUUCAAAGCUUGGGACAAUUGCCUUGGUUUAAUUGUUCAUUCAAAUAUUAAAGUUGACCUUGGGUAGUUUUGCACUUUAAAUAAGGCAUUACUGUGUUAAAGUUACUCCAAAGCCUUGUACAAUGUGUGAUCCGUCUGCUUAUUUUCUGUCGGCAUUGCUUUUAAUAGCAUGUGCUUGUUUCCAGUGUACAAAUGCUGUUUGUGAAUCAUUGUGCUAAAGGUGGUGAAUAAAAUCUUAAAGACUA